AUGUUUUAUUAUUCUUGUAGUCGUCGUUAUCGCCUCAGAACAAAGAAAAUAGAAAGAAAAUUUUCUUUUUUCCAGCGAUUGUUUCGUUUAUUAUCUGAAGAGCUACUUGUCAUCGUUACCGGAGCGACAUCUGGCAUUGGGCGGGUAUGUGCUGUUGAACUGGCAAAAUUAGGUGCUAAAGUCAUUAUAGGUACUCGAGAUCAACGAAGAGCAGACGAAAUUUCCCAAGCGAUACAGCAAGAAGCUUUGAGCGGCAAGGUUGUCGGUUAUCAUUUAGAUUUAUCUGAACUGAGUACUGUAAAAGUGUUUGCCGAUCAGGUGUUACAUAAUGAGACACGCAUUGAUAUUCUCUUGAACAAUGCUGGUGCAGCUCCUGGAAAUCAUGCACUCACUACGGAUGGCUUAGAAAUUCAUUUUGGCACCAAUCAUCUCGGUCAUUUUUAUCUCACACAACUACUUCUUCCUCUACUUAUACGAUCAAAAGCACGAGUUGUCAAUGUUAGUAGUUGGGCGAACUAUUUCGUGCCCAAAAGUGGUAUUGACUAUAAUUUUCCUUCCUCAUCUUACCUUCGUGGAAUUACCUAUGGUCAAUCAAAAUUAGCUCAGAUCUGGCAUUCACGCGAAUUGCAGCGCCGUUACGGUGAGCAAGGUUUAUGUGCAUAUUCUCUGCAUCCUGGUUCGAUUAAUACAGAAAUAUUACGAGAAUGGCCGAUAUUGCUAAAAAUCUCUUUUCAGAUGAUUUUCUAUUUGUUUGGUAAAUCGUCGUACCGAGGAGCACAGACAAGUCUCUAUUGCGCACUAUCUGACAAAGCGAAACCUGGCGAGUUUCAUGCCGAUUGCAAACCAGCUAAGGCAAAUUCAUUAGCGUAUAAUGAAAAAUUAGCGAAAGAAUGUUGGGAUUUUAGUGACGAACAAAUCAAGAAGGUGACUGAUCUAUAG